GCAGAAAGAGCUUGCAGUGCCCUUGUUUUACCUGUAGGGGGCAGUGUGUAUAUGUCUCUGCUGAGCACUCAAUCAGCACCACAACACGGUAUACUCGCUCUUCAGAUUGCACUCAAGAAAGACCUGCUCCGUAUUCAUAAGAGCAAGAAUAAACUACGCCGGCGACGCCAAAAGGGCACACCUGAGCUUCUUCAGAGCAGCCCUGCUUGUGCUCAGAUCUGCAUUUUAGGAUUGUGUCAGAGUGCACUUUACAAAGCCACUCGUGAUUUGUAAUGCGAGUCCUCGUUCAGCGAUGAAGCCGUCAUAGAUUCACAGCACCGCCGCUCCGAUUGAGUCACUGCGAUGCAUUUUUAAUACAUGUCACAAGAUUGUUCUUUCCGGCAGUUUAUUGAAACACACAGAAAAGGUGGCGGUAGCUGUAGUCUGCUCUGGCUGUCUCGCACGCUGUUCAGAUCUCUCCGUGCUCGAUCACAAACACCCACCUCCUGAAACUUGCGCACGGCGAGUCUUUCAAUUUAUAGCUUAGGCAUCUGCCUCUAGGCUCUGCCUUUCCACUUCCCUACUUUCCGCUAAAAACAAAAUGCAUUGAAAACAACCAAAAAAAAAUCGUCUUCCAGAUCGCUGAUGGGAGGAUGGGUGGCGGAGACCUGUUUGUUUGGGAUGAAUUACACUACUAGCUCCCGAUGGCGUCUUUAAAUUCCCUGGAAUUAGAGCACGUGGGUGAUUGUAACAGAAUCAAUCGCCCGCAGCUCAAUCCCGGCAACGCCAGCACUUCAGGACCGCGGACAGCUCCAUGUGCUGGCAUAGAAAACGCCUCGUUCCAGGACGAGGAGCAAGAAGAGACGUCUUUUACAAACCGUGCCAAUGCCGACCAGGGGAAACAUAUCCGAACGAGCCCCACUGGCACACACAGGGGGCCCAACAGCGAGGCGUUUGAAGAACACGAAGCCGAGACAAGUGCCCCUUCCGUGGACUACGGCUUUAUUUUCUCCCUGGUGUUCUUAGUAAGCGGGAUUGUGUUGGUCGUUAUAGCUUACACGAUCCCCAGAGAGGCAAAGGUGAACCCAGACUUCGUGACUGCGAGAGAGAUGGAGAAGCUGGAGAGGUAUUACGCGCGCCUCGGGUCUCACCUGGACAGGUGCAUCAUUGCCGGCCUGGGGCUGCUCACUCUCGGGGGCAUGCUUCUGUCCAUGCUGCUCAUGGUGUCCAUAUGCAAAGGGGACUUGUACAGGAGAAGGACCUUCUCUAUCUCCAGAAGGUCUAAGAAGACGUACGGAUCUAUAAACCUGAGAAUGAAAAGGAUGGAGGGAGAUGGACGGCAGUCGCUGGUGGACUGUGAACCCGCUCCAGUCACGUGCGCGGUGCAUUCACAAAGAUCCAGCUAAACCUGGCAGAGAAUGGCCUUCUUUAUUUCUUGACAGACACGUGACCGUUCGCCUCACUUCACUGUUGGCGAAGCACAGCGAAUCCAAUGCCAGGGUUUCUAGGUAGGAUGAUAUACAGAUAUCCACACAGAGCAGUAAAUAGGGUGGGAUGUGAAGAUAUCCGGUAUUUAACAGUCAAAGACUUAGUUUAGUUUACAAAUACACUCGAGUUAGAAGAGGCUAUACGCACAAUGUGUGAAUACGUAUAAAUGACUGGCUCUGACUGACGAAACCAAUGCUUAUAUGAAACAUACACACAGAAAAUACAACAAUCCUCCUGUCUCAGGUUUUUGCAUUCUUGUGCAGGAGCGCACAGGACAAAGAAAACGCCAAAGGCGGGCUGAAUCUUGAUGUCAUAAGUGGCAGAUUCCUUUCUCUAAACGGUUUUUCUGAAACGUAUUUUUUUUUUUUUUUUUAAUAAAUGAUGGUUAGAAGUAAACACUUCGAGGUGUGUAUUUACUGUACAAGUUACACGUUUGCCACGCGUUCAUAUAAUAUGUCUUUAAUGUAUUGAAUUAAACCGGUCUGCAGUUUUAUUUCAUUUGCCAAUGUUGUACAUACGAAACCAGCAACAGACCAAGAGCACAACAGUUUCGAAAACAUGAAUAUAAUAAUGACUAUAAUAAUGAACUAAUAUACAACUCAAAUGGGGGUGUCCAUGGUAACAACACAAAUCAAAACCCAGAGCAGGUUGAGAACAGAGGUGUUGCAGAGUAAAUCUAUCCGAUGUACAACAAACGACACGAUCCUCUGUGCUUUACUGCUUGCUUACAGGCCCUAAACUGGAAAGAGCUCCGUGCAACAGCAACGCCACUUACACAGCAAUACACUUCGAGUCUGUAGGUCUUAAGGUUAGGUAGGUAUUAACUGCACUGCUAGUAGUAAUAAGCUCAGACACGAGACCGAAUGUAAGUCACCUGUUUGUGUUUUUGUUUUGUUGUUUUAAGAUGUGAAUACUUAUCGGAUAUAUUUGUAUUGAAAUUAAUGAACAUUUACCCUGUUUCCAUAAAUAAAUACAAAUGCUAUUGCUGGUACAGCCACGCCUGCGCAGAGGCAGUGAGGCACGCUGUCCAGUAUCACUCCAGCACUGCUAAACAUAAAGCUUACUGACAUGGCUGAUUGAAAUGACAACACUGAUGUAAAUUUUAACUGUGUAAACAACUGAACUAAACCCUCUCCCAAACAAAAUCGUAUACCGUACCACUACAAACACAACGUGUUAAUCCAGACACGUUUGAUUACAGGCAAUCUGAUUAGUGUUUGAGGACAAUAUCUAUAUUAAAACACAAACUAUAGAGUCCUUUGUUACACAUUUAAAACAAACUGAAUGUUGUCCUUGUUAAACACAUUUGUGUCAGUUUAACCCAUGAUUUUGCAGCGUGCUUCAGUUUAUCCCAUGAUUUUGCAGCGUGCUUCAGUUUAACCCAUGAUUUUGCAGCGUGCUUCAGUUUAACCCAUGAUUUUGCAGCGUGCUUCAGUUUAACCCAUGAUUUUGCAGCGUGCUUCAGUUUAACCCAUGAUUUUGCAGCGUGCUUCAGUUUAACCCAUGAUUUUGCAGCGUGCUUCAGUUUAACCCAUGCUUUUGCAGCGUGCUUCAGUUUAACCCAUGAUUUUGCAGCGUGCUUCAAUGUGUCCUCUUGAGAAAUGCCUGGUGUGGCCAGCACAGUGUUUGCUAUCAUGUAAAUAUUUGUAAAACCUUUGUAUUGCAAACUCUGAAGCCAGUUACAUGGCACAGCUUCACACAAGAGUGCCUCAGAGUGAGACUGUUAUGGUUUUUAAUAUGUUUUUGUAUUUCAUUUUAGAAUUUUGCAUUGUUGUAUUUUAAGCAGCGUGCUAAGCAACCAUUCACUUCAGCAAAGACCAGUUACCAGAAAAUAAAACCUGUGAAAGAUGUUACUCGCAUGUGUGUUUGUGUAAUACAUUGUCAAUUCACGAAGACACGGUAAACGUAGCUAUGUAUUUGUGCAUAUCGUACCGUGCUUUAAAAUCUUUGUUUUCUAUUAUAUCCAAUAAACAUGUUGUUUUUUUAA